GAAUGCUGAAGUAUUUGGGCUUGAGCCGAAGUAAGCAUGGAGUUCAGUAGCUGCCGCUACACCUGUGAUUAAAUCGAAUUUCGUUAACAUGGUUUUUUUUUUACACGGAUUUCUAUCUGUCACAGGAUCAUGUAGAUUGAGAUUAUAAAGUCUAUGAAAGGAUAGAGCAAGACCACAAACUGUAUAAACUUCACUGCUGUGAGCUAGCGAGGAAGUGUGUUGCACAUUAAACGUUAUAAAAGGUAAUCGAUGGGGAAGAAGAGAGCCAAAGACCGAGGCAGGAGUCCUAAAGAAGACAGGGACAGCUCCACAGACCUGACGGGUGUGACAUGUACGCAUAUCCGUAAAGGAACAGACCCGAGCUGGCUGAGGAAGACGAGCCUGGACAAGAGCUGGGAUUUGUGUGAAGCAUGUGAGACAUGUGAGCAGAAGAAAGAGUCUGAGAACGAAGAUGCACAAGAAACGCCAGCGAUAUGGAUGUGUCUCAAAUGCGGACACAGAGGUUGUGGGAGGUUCUCAGAGAACCAACACGCCAUUAAACACUACGAGACGCCGCGUUCAGAUCCGCACUGCCUGGUGCUUAGCCUGGACAACUGGAGUGUGUGGUGUUAUAUCUGCGAUGACAAUAUCUACUACUCCAACACAGGACAACUGGCUCAACUCAUUUCCAACAUCAAGAAACAAAUGCAGGGUGAAUCCAAACCCAAAACUGCCACUAGGAAAGCAAAAGAAGAGAACACUUCAACUGAGACUGUUCAGGAAGACGACGCUGAAAAAGAGCAAGAAAAUAAAGAAGAGCAAAAAGAAAACAAGAAGUGUGUGAAGCAAAAUGGCCAAGAAACAGGAUCCCUCACGGUGCCUGUGCGAGGCCUCAGCAACCUCGGCAAUACGUGCUUCUUCAAUGCUGUGCUGCAGAAUCUGUCGCAGACUUGGCUUCUGCGUGAACUCCUCAGUGACUUCAGGGACGAAGAAAAGAGUGUGUCGAUCACACCAUCAUCAUCAUCAUCAUCCUCAGAACUAGAUCCUCUGCAGGUGCAGUUGCCGAGACCCGGCUCUCUCACGCUGGCCAUGUGUCAGCUGCUCAAUGAAAUCCAGGAGACCAAAAAAGGCGUGGUGACCCCACGUGAUCUCUUCACACAAGUGUGUAAAAAGGCAGCAAGAUUUAAAGGCUUCCAGCAGCAGGACAGUCAGGAACUCCUGCGCUACCUGUUGGACGGAAUGAGAGCCGAGGAGAACAUCAGACUAACUGCUGGAAUCUUGAAUGCGCUGAGAAGUUCAGGGAAAACCUCCGAGCCUGAGCAAAAGAAAUUGGUGAAAGAGUAUGAGAGCAACGGUGUGACGAAGAGUUUCGUGGAGCGUGUGUUUGGUGGAGAGUUGACCAGCACCGUGAUGUGUACGGAGUGUAAGACUGUUUCCGUGGUCACCGAGGUGUUUCUCGAUCUCUCACUACCUGUGGCUGAUGAGGCUUACAAGAAAAAGAAGGGUGGUGGUCAGCAGAAGAAGAGCGAAAACAUGGAAAGUCUGCAGAGUGUUCAGAUUCCCUUAACCAAUAAGAAUGAAGAUAUGCCGACGGGAGCCGGAAGCAAGUACCAGCAAAAGAAAGCCAAGAAGCAGGCGAAGAAGCAGGCUAAGACCCAGCGGCGCCAGCAAAAGCAAAGUGCAAAGUUCACGCACGAUUUGCUGACCAGUGAAGAUGCUUCUCCGGAAGUCCCACCUCUGAGCACAAACGAACAACAUAAAGCUGAAACUGAAAGUCCAGCAGAGGAGCCCAUUAGCCAGUCGGAGCCCACGGAACAGAAUCAGGAGACACCUGCUGAUGAAGAGAUGGAGGAUGAUGAAGAAGGAGCACAGAACUCCUCUAACAGAUUCAUCAGCCUAUCAGAAGAGGGAACCAGGAACCUGGAGGAAGAUGGGCACAAAGAGGUGGAGCUAACCAAAAGCAUGAGAACACUGUCAAUUUCUGAGGAUCAGCAGAGCGAAGAGGUGGAGUCAGAGGUGGAGUCAGAGAUGGAGUUGGGGGCCGAGACAGGUUUCGUGGUGGUGAAUGCGGACCCGAAGGCUGCCUUCUCAACUCUGUCCAGCAGGGUGGCUCUGAACAUCUCGGAGAGCUCAGUAGAGUCGAGCCUCCAUCAGUUCACACAGGUGGAGCAGCUGACACACACCAACAGCCUGCUGUGUGUGACCUGUAGCCGGAAAGCCUCACAGGGCGGUAAGAAGAAGGUGUACACUGAGGCAAUGAAGCAGAUGCUGAUCUCUUCCCCUCCUCCUGUACUCACUCUGCACCUGAAGAGGUUCCAGCAGGUGGGCUACAGUGUGUGUAAAGUCAACAGGCAUGUACAGUUUUCUCAGGUGCUGGAUCUCGGACCAUUCUGCUCUGCCAAAUGCAAGGGGGUGGAGGAAGGACAGACGCAGCUCCUCUACUCUCUCUACGGUAUUGUGGAGCACAGCGGCACCAUGCGCUCGGGUCAUUACACAGCAUUCGUUAAAGCCAGACCUUAUGCACAUGCUAAUGGUUUGGUAAACGGAGCAGCAGGUGACGAGAUGCCUCUGAAAGGCUCCUGGUUCCACAUCAGUGACAGCAGCGUGCAGCCUGUCACAGAGGCUCGAGUGCAGUCGUCCCAAGCCUACCUGCUCUUCUAUGAGAGGAUCUCUUAAGUCGACGUGAAAUAUCUCUCCACGCUCUCGUGAAAUACUACAUCAGAGAGAAAGGACAAGACCAUUCUUACAGAGCUGCUGCUUUCUAACGGGUCAAACGAUUUCUGUCAGAUCAUGACAACUGGCAGCCAUGAACAGGAAUUUACAUAGCUGUGCUGAUGAAUAAAGGAUUGCUCAGAUACAAAAAGGGGCUUUUUGUGUAAUUUGUUUCCUGUCAAAGGGAACUGAACAUGAAAUCACAAAUUUAUAAUUGGUUUCGGAAACCUGUAACUAACUACGCUCCAAACGUGAAUUAUUAGUCUCUUUGCUGUGUUUUUUUAACUGCACACUACCAUUAUGAAUUUACAUGCAUAGUUUUAACAGCUGAAAAUUUCUGAUUCUAACAGUUAAAGAUUUUGCGGUUUAUUGUUUUUUUUUUUUCUUAGCCCCAUCCCUUUUCAAUUACUCCUUAAAACAUUUUCAUUUUAAAAAAAUAUAAAUAAUGAAAGUUACAAAUCUGAUUAUGAAUUUGUGAUUUCAAAAAUGAUAAUAGUAGUAUUAUUAUUAUUGUGUUACAUCUAAUUCCUUUUGACAGGGAAUUCUCUAUAAUGCUGGGUUUUACCGCAUCUAUCAGUACUGCAGUAGUGCAAUGAGUGAGGAAAAGAAGAGUGAAAUAUCAAAUGUUAAAGAUAGAAGCAGGAAUACCUGACUUGCCUGAAUACAAUGAAUUUUUUUUUUACUGAAUAUUUAAUUUCCUGCAAUUUUGUAUGACAAAACUAAUUGAUUAAUAAAAGAUUAUCCAA